AUGGAGGGAAAAGAAAAGGAAAGUCAGGGCAUCCAGGAGAGAGCAAGCAAGUGUCAGAGGGAGCCAGGUUGCUUGAUAGGGGCUGUGAAUCUCAAAUCCAGCAACCGAACCCCAGUGGUACAGGAAUUUGAAAGUGUAGAACUGUCUUGUAUCAUUACGGAUUCACAGACAAAUGAUCCCAGGAUUGAAUGGAAGAAAAUUCAAGAUGACCAAACAACAUAUGUGUUUUUUGACAGCAAAAUUCAGGGAGACUUGGCGGGUCGUGCAGAACUGUUGGGUAAAACAUCCCUGAAGAUCUGGAACGUGACACGGAGAGACUCGGCUCUAUAUCGCUGUGAGGUUGUUGCUCGAAAUGACCGCAAAGAAAUUGAUGAGAUUGUCAUCGAGUUAACUGUGCAAGUGAAGCCAGUAACUCCUGUCUGCAGAGUCCCAAAGGCAGUGCCUGUGGGUAAGUCAGCCACACUGAACUGCCAGGAGAGUGAGGGCUCCCCCCGGCCUCACUACAGCUGGUAUCGCAACAAUGUGCCUCUGCCCACAGACUCCAGAGCCAACCCCAGAUUUCGAAAUUCUUCUUUUCUCUUAAACUCUGAAACAGGGAAUCUGGUUUUCAGUGCUGUUCACAAGGAAGAUUCUGGGCAGUAUUACUGUAUUGCUUCAAAUGAUGCAGGCUCAGCCAGGUGUGAGGAACAGGAGAUGGAAGUCUAUGACCUGAACAUUGGUGGAAUUAUUGGAGGGGUUCUGGUUGUCCUCGCAGUACUGGCCCUGAUAACAGUGGGUAUUUGCUGUGCAUACAGACGUGGUUACUUCAUCAACAACAAACAGGAUGGAGAAAGCUAUAAGAACCCAGGGAAGCCUGAUGGUGUUAACUAUAUCAGGACAGAUGAUGAGGGUGACUUCCGACACAAGUCAUCAUUUGUGAUCUAA